UCCACCCGGAGCUUUUAGCGAGUCGCCCGCACCACCCGGAGCCCUUAGCGAGUCGCACCACCGUGCGGAACUAUCGUAGCCUGCUGAGGUCAAUUGAAGCAAACAGUAGGAUUUAAGGCCCCAAAGCUUCACCUGCCAAGAGGGACCACCGAGCCACCAUGGUGAAGAAGAAGAGGAUCCGCCUGAUCGCCGAGAUGGCCCGCAAGGUCCGGGCGUACCGGGAGCUGAAGGCCCGGCCGCGGGACUCUCAGCGCUACGCCCUGGACUACGACACCAUGAAGCGUCCGUUCACCGGGAAGACGCUGCCGGUGCUGGCCUGGGAGGACGUAAGGAAGGAGAGCCGCCUCUUCUCGCUGCUGGCCGGGAUGAGGCUCUUCGGAGUCGGCCGCAUCUUCACCCGCAAGUCGUGGGUGGAGGACCACCCGGAGCCAAGCUACUGGCAGAUCACGAAGGUCAAGGUGGACUACACCGCGGAGAACAUGGACCAUGGAAAGGCCUGGGGAGUCCUCACCUCAAAAGGGCGGUCGGAGGCGGAGCCCCGCGAGGUGGACAAGGCCGUGUACCACGACUGGCGCCUGGUGCCACGGCACGAGGAGCAGCGCUUCAGGGACUUCGCGCCGGCCCCCGAGGGCCCGGUGCGCUACGUGGCCUACCCCCCCCUGCUGAGGGCCGUGCUGCUGGCCCAGCGCCGGGGCGCCCAGGGCGGGGGCGCCCUGGGCGGGGGCGCCGCGGAGCCCCUGCUGCCGCUGAGGAGGGACGUCCUGCUCAGCAAGGACUAUUUCCGCAAGCAGGAGCAAGAGAGGAGGGGGGAGCAGGGGACCCCGGUCUGAGGGGGGGGGACACUGGUCUGGGGGGGGGGACCCCCAUUUGAGGGGUACCCCGGUCCAAGGGAGACCAGCCUGCAGUCGGGGUCCUGGUGGGUCUGGUCCUCUGAGUGCAGGCGGCCCGCCCCCCCCGCUGACAGCCCGCCC